AUGCGAUCCAGUCCAAGUAUUAGCCUGCGGCGUGAAUCCGUGUUCUUUCUUAGCGACCUUGACGUGAGCAAGGCGCCGGGCUCCGAUUUCGACGAGCUGCGGGCGGCGCAUGACAGGCUCAAGAAGGAGCACGGCGAGAUCACGGCGACGUGGAAGGAGUGGGACAACAAGACGAAGGCGGAGUACUUUGACCUGGUUGGCGGUACGACAGGCAGGCCCCCGGACGUCGAGGUGGAGCCGUGGGACGAGCCCGACGAGGGCGAGAAGCUGCGCGCCUCCGCGCGGCCGCCGGAGCCGGCUACGAGGGCCAAGGAGCUGCUGCCACUCGCCGAGUUCACGUCCAAGCACGAGUUCCUACACCAGGCGCAGCGGCGCUUCACGACGAAGGGCAAGGCGCAGGCCAAGGGCAGGGAGCGGGCGAAGCAUGCGGCUUGGCGGGAGGCAGUCCGCUUCGUGGCGGUGAGCCAGGAUGGCGCCGGCGCCUUCCUCAACGCCAUCCCCAUGCGGGAUGACAUGCGAAUGGAGACUUGGGCGAUGCGUCUUUCGGUGCAGCGCCGCCUGGGUCUCCCCCUCGACGUGGCCUGCCAGGCCGCGCGGGCGGCGGGCAAGAAAAACUCGUGA